AUGUUGGUGGACGAUCGAGGAUGGCUUUAUUUGGGACCGAUAUUAUUAGGGCUGGUGUACUUGGGACAGCAGGACUGCCUCUUGUUGCAAUUGCAUGUUUUUGAAUUAUAACGCUUAACAGAUUGACAUUGACCUCUAUUUUUCACUGAUUAUUCAACUAGAAGGUCGGUAGCUGUCUUGCCUGUGAUGUCAUUGGUUUGAAAUCCUGUAACUAUACUUCAGAGCUUCUUAAUCGUACUGGUAUUGACCAGACUGCCCCUGAUAGAUCCUGAUGCUGAUCAAAGUCAAUGUCUAUCAUCCUCUUUCGCAGAAGCUGCAUUUUCUUGCUUUUCUAAUAUAGUAGAGACAGUUUUCAAGGGGAAAGAGGUCAUCUUCUCUUUUCGUUUUCAAGGGUAGUGCGACGUGGUCGCAGGAUGGACUUCGUGACUCUCUAAUAUUAGCAAUACAGCUGUGUUUUUUCGCAGCCGCCUUUCGCGCAAGAACUAUAAGAUUUCAACAACUAGUUCUUUGCGGGAGUGGCUUCUACUGGUCAUUGUUUUGAGGCUACCGCUGAAGCAUCCUCAGCGCCAUCCCUGGCCUUUUUUCUACUUGAAAAAGAAGCCAAGGAUGCUCUGAGGGAUGCGAACGCGGUAGCUCUAAUCGUUGGUUUACUAUGUCCAGUACUUUCCAGCAGGCACAAAGACCCUCUUCUGCUUAAGUUAAGACUCAUUCAUCUCACAGUAGAAGAUCAUAGUAGUUCAUCUUAAGAUGAAGCAUCUUCUUCUUUGGUCCUCUUUUCUCUGGAAGUAUAUUAAAAAUCAAGGACAGGGACAACAUGGGAGCUGCACUUCUUCUAAAUCGGCAGAGAAAACACGCCACAGCAAGAUGCUUUCAAGAUGAGUAUAAAAGUGAGCUCUAAUUUCUGCGGCGAGACCUUGAACCCCCUUUUCAAUGCUGCAGCUCGUUCUGCUAUAGAAGAAGAGAGAGGUCUAUCUGAAUCUCUAUAUUUAUAAGAGCAAUUCGAUGAUAAUCGAGAUUGAAGAUGCUUGCGUUGGUCCCUCGUCACGCUGCAUUUAAAUAUUCCGUAGAGAUAACUGAUCGCUCGCCAAACUGCAUUCACAUACUCUGUAGAGAUAGUCGACCCCUCUCGUCGAAGAUGUAAGUUGUAGAUAUAACUACAGACAUGAUGCUGCUACAUAGCAAUGAAUCAAUCGAGGCGUGCCACCUGCUGCAGAGGGUGGAUGGAUCAUUGGAGGCGCUGCGCGCCGCACCUCUCUAAUCUGCGACGUGACGGCUAGUAGCUGCAGUUAUUGCCUUCAUCACCGGAUCAGCUUCCUGCCAGAGUACCUUAAUUUCCCUUAAUAUGAGAUCCAUUCUCCUCGAGAAUACUCGCUUCUUUCAGUUUAUCGAAUAAGUUAACUCUUUUUUUGUCUAAGGUCUACCUCUACCUGAUUAAUAGACUGCUGAUUACGAAUUAAUAUAGCCAGUGUCCGUAAUAUGGGGUACCUAAAAGCCAUUGACAUUUGUGCGCUUUCACUUCUCAUGGGAAAAGACAGGCACUGGCAGAAUCUUCUGAAGUUUACGACGAGUUCACAUAAGACUUUUUUUGAGCGAGCCAGCUAUCCUAUCUGUUACUUCCAUGCUACUUCAAGCCUGAAAGAAGUGCUUCUUCAGGAAAUCAAUCUCGAUCAGUGUAGGAGCUAUACUCAAAAAUUUUUGGAUAUUUGAGUUUGAAAGUUGAGUUUGCGACUCUUUGAGUGCAGUUCUGGACUUCUGAUAGCAGAAGCCUGGGAUUAGUUGUGGGGUACUGGUACUUAUAUUAAUCUAAGUACUUAUUUAUCAAUAUUUUGAUCUCAUAUAUCUGACUACCUUAGACCUGCACCAAUGUUCAAACUUUAGACUUCCAAAUUCCAAAUUUUCAAGGACUACGCUGUCGUUGCCAUUCCUUGAAAUCCAACAACUUACACCUAUGAUAAUUCUUUUCAGACCAAGUAGUGUACGUAGCACUAGUAUCUAAAAGUAUUUUCACUACGAGGAUUGAUAUUUUCAAGAGCUAUUCCUCAUUUCAAUGAAUUGGAGGUGCAUGGAGAUGUUGACCACAAGGACUGUCAACAUGCAAAUCGUGUUACAACUGAGGGAAAGAAGCAAAUUAUAGUCAUAUGUGGAAAAGAUAGCUAGUGCUUGAAAUUAUCCGUAGCACCGGCGUGGGGCAGAUAAGCGUAAAGUCCUACGCGAGACAAAAAAUGAGUCCCCUUCUCCAGUGGGUACAACAAUCACGCAGUUAAUAAUCUUCCGACAUAUAUUUAUCAAUAUCCAUCAGUGAGUCUUGUUUGUCGAGUCAAUCAAUCCAACUUCAAUGAAUCCAUCCUGAAUGAGUCCUGACAUCGCAGGUUUUUCGGCCUUGCGUCUGGACGUGGAAACCCAAUGAAUCGGAGCAUAGGCGACACCAGCAUAGCCUACUACACUGCGCACUUACUUAUGCUUUGGACUAAACUUGAUGACUAAAUAACUUGAUAACUAAGAAGUAGAAUUAGAAGUAGAAAGUAGUAGCGUAGCAGUCAGUGCCGGCUGUAGGUCGUAGACCCCUGUUUUCUUUCUUUUUGGCUCUUCAGUAGCCACUGAAGUCUGCUGGUUUAUCUAGUGGACCCACACCUAACCUAACCUAACUAAUGAUCAUUCUUUUUCGUAAUUUUCACAAGUUGAAGCUUUACUCCGACUCACUAAAAAUCAGCUGCGCAUUGAUGUGCGUACCAAACAAGUGCUGAAGAAGAAGAAGAAGCAGCAACUAUCUUCACUCUGCAGUUGUUGUUCUUUUAAAUUUCUUAAAAAUACCAUUCUCUUUAGAAAUAACAAUCAUUCUAGAGUAUGACUCUUCAGAUGAACUGCUUAAACCCGUCUUCCCUGGACUGGGUCCCUCGUCGUUCUCACCUUUAUCAGGAUCUCUGUUUACUCCUGCCUCUUCCUUAAAGAUAGACUUCCUACUACUACGAAUGCGAGGACUACAUCUACAAGUGGUAAGUAAAGUUAUACGACUAGUAGCCGGCUAUAGAAGGUAGACGAGGCGCAACCAUCAGCAUCAUCAUCAUCAUCAUACAUCAUCGGCGGCAGUACUGCGAAGAGUAAAUAAAUUGGAAUUGGAGUUAUUAAUAAAACUAUUGCGAGGACUACGUAUAACAACUCCUGGCGAAAGAAAUCAUAAAUAGCCUAUUCGUUUUGUUACAUUUCCAAAACAAAAGAGCAUCUCGAUCUCUAACUCCCUGUACCCGUUGCUGCAGAAGUUAAGGCUUCCCCUACUCCAUCUGCGGAAGCAUCCCGAAGAGGCUUCACAUUGGGAAAAGACGCCUAGGUUGCAGCCCGAGAUGGAUUAGGGUGAGCGCUAAAGAAGCUGCCGUUUGUUGGCUUCUACGUGACGCAUCUUGGCUGUCUUCUGUUAUGGCUCUCUUCAGCAAACUACUUCUUCUAGGUCGUGUCAAUGAAUCAACCUUCAUCACCGCUGUACUAGGGCCUACUAGUACAAGUAUGAAUCAGCGCGGUGGCCUAAGGCUUCAAUGAAUCAUCCUUCAUACUUCAUCUAGGCGUCACGAGCACUUCACUCGUUGUAGCCUCCUGUAAUUGUAGUCUACAUUUUCAAGGAGCACAAGAAGCUAUUUUUAUAAGGCUAAAAAUUUUAUCUUCUUUCGUUGCUUCUUCCAGAGAAGUAAACUCUUUUUUGUCUGAGGUCUUUUGCCUGAGUAUUAUCUUUCGUUGCUUCGUCUAGUUCUGCUUCUGGGCGUCGCGAUUGUGUCUGAGGUAUCUGUGGUCCGUCAUCUCCUUCCGGUGGAAGUCAUCCACUCGGCAUCUACUUCUACUUCAUACUAUAAUGAUAUUCAUACUCAAACCACCAUCGAAUCUUUCUGCAAUAGUUGUUCACUACUGGGGACCAUAUAUAAUAAUUGUUCGUGCCUUAAAGACAUACUUGCUGAUACUUGUUUUUCUCUGAAGGAAAGAAGUUAAUAUUUAUUAAAUUCUUUUUGAUGUGUCAACAUGAACAUCUAUAUCUAAGGUCUACUACCUGAAAGUUAUGUAAUCGUAGGUGUGCUAUUGGUUGCAGUAGAACAGCAACAGUAAAAAAAGGCAUAUAACCAAUAGCAUAUAGCCAAGACCUCAUCAAGAAAUGGUGGGAGAUAUCUUCAAUCUCAGAUUCGCCCUCUCCUGUCGCUAGCAAGUUGAAGCUUCAGAGGAAUCCAUCUAGAUCAGGCUUCUUCAGGAUGACAUCAUCAGGUCUAGGGGAGGCCUGCGGUUCCUGUUCUCCAAUAGCUAUAAUAAUAAUCAUUCGUAGUUGCUUAUACUGCUGUUCGAUCUCGUCUAAUAUGCAGUUGCGCUACAGGAAUCGGGAGCUUUGCCUUGCUCUUUCGGACCUAUCAGGACGUGAAGGACCCGUGUCUCAUCAAUUUCAUCAUGUACUUACCUUUUCAUUUCCGUACUAUACUCAAUGAAUGUAAUGAUCCGUUCGUUGUUCCUGCUUCAAGCUGAUGAACAGGCAGGAGUUAUCAACUGGGAGUCAAACAUGAUCUUUCAAAAACAGGAUCCUGCUUCAAGCUGAUGAACAGGCACGCUAGUAGAACUAGUUGAUGCACUUACUUCUUUUUUCUCGCUUUUGAUGAAUGAUUGAACCACCUUACUUUCACCCUUCCUGAAGUAUGCCACCACUGUAAUGAUUCAAUACAAAUACUAAAAAAGAAGAUAAUUGGUCGUGUCUUUUUUUUCAACAAGUGGUUGUGACCGAGUUUCCCCUGGUUGGAUAUCACAAUAGUUGUUUUGAUUUUUGCGUUUGUCUCAAGAAGACGAAAAUCUACCUCGUCUCACUUAUUAUUUGAAAAUUACUGUUCCUAUUAUUGAUGUUCUAAGGCGGCCAAAGAUGAGAGUCAUAAUUAUAUAUUUAUUUAUAAUACUGUUCCUAUUAUUGAUGUUCUAAGGNGAGACUCUAACAAGAUGCUUACGGGCAAUCCGACUGCAAGCCAUGCCCACCCACGCGAAAGACGUCAACCGGAGCUAUCGAAGUUAUCAGUUACAAACCAUUGAUAACGGUACUGCAUUAUGACUACAUGAACUACAUAUGGUGAUCGAACAGACUGGAACAUGUGUGACCUCGUGCUGGGCUCAAUUUGAACUGUAGGUGCAUUUUUAAACAAUUAGAAAAAACGGCGCAAAUACAUUAAUUCUCCAUCACAAAACACCAGCGUUCGCCUCCGCGUGGGGAGAUCGUACCGAAAACGGUGCAUGAGUGCUUUCAUGCCGAAUGUGGGGUCCGGGAUGCGACAGCUUUGCCGAAGACAUGCGCCUCUCCUUCAGAAAUUCAUUCAGCGAUGACUCAAAGCGUUGUUGAUUUAUGACUUGACUUGACUUCACGCCUUCUGUUACAUCGAUAAAUAUACUUGUGCGAGAGGCUGAAACUCUAACCGAAUCAUAGAAGAUGGUUUAGUUUAUUUUAGAAGGAGGCUUUAAAUUCAUUUACAUUUUUUCAGAAGAAGCGUUUCUUUGUUUCGACUUACCGCUUACGAGAUUACUUCCAUAACCAUAUGACUGCUCAAAAAAGAAGUAUAUUUACUGACUCCGUUUGGUCGUGUGGCCAGUACCUGACUCUUUCUUCUAAUUAUUUCAGUGGAAUGAGUGAUUCGUCUGUGAAUAAGUGCGAGGACGUAAGUUUACUUUCUUAAGAUGAACGGGAUCUACAAAUAGAACUUCAAAUUUUCUUUUCUUUUCUAGUUUUUUGUUAGUUUGGAGUAUAUUAAACUUCAAGUUAAUUUUCUAGUUAUUUUCCCUCACCCUCUAAUCCAUUCCGUUUGGUGUGAGCAGUAUCUGGGUCUAACGGGUGCGAGUACCUUGGUCGCGCAGUGCCAUUUUGCGGUGGGGAAAGGCGUCAGGUUUACUUCAUUAGGCUCAAGAAUAGGGAGGAAUUGGAAUAAUCUGGCUUCAUCCUUGUUAGUCAUGUUUCUAUUCUUGCAUCUGUUGGCUUGUUCGUCGUUCUCAGGGGUAAAUGCGUUUUCAUUUUCUAGGAGGUAUCUAUAUGUAUAAUCAGAAAAAUGAUGGGGUGUAAUUGGAAGCAGGAUGUGGAAGUAUUUUCAGACGCCUUGAACUUGAUCAUUGGGGCCAUAAUAGCAGCCAUUGAGUGUGGCCCUGAAAAUAUCGACAUGAUGAGGGUCAGCAAUGUUGGUGUGUUCCUUUUUGCCACAACUUCCUUUCUUGCUCCACUUACGUUCGACGUAGUGUAGUGAGUGUAUACCCCCUAACGCAAACACUCUUAACUAACACCUAAGUACUUCAUGUUACUACGGACCUCUACACACUCCUUGUUCUACAUAGAAGAAAACCAAUGAUGCUGAUCCCCUUCUUGCUCCUAAAAUCGUAAGGAACCUGAUACUCCUCCUGGUGCCUGCACACGACCAGGAAGAAGUUGCUGCUGCGUACAAUUUAAUACAACGAAGAUCAAGAAGCAGACUCCCCAAAAAUCAUCAAGGCCAGACUCAAUAGUCAAGAAGAAGAGUGACCUCGUCGACCGACCGCGGCGCUUCUCUCUCUCCAUUUGGUCCCACCGCGACGGCGGUUGACGUGCGCGAAAUCUUCGCGAAAAGUUGCUUGGGUUGGUCUUCGUUGUCUUUUUGCUUUUAUGGCCAAAGAGGCCACCGGGGUGGCUUCGGUGGCUUCGGCUGCCUUCUUUUGUUUUGUGUUUCGUCUUUGGUAGCAGCCCCAGCGUCGGCGUUGCGUGAGUGUUGACGGACCGCCCGCGCAUCGUUUUGGGCUUGGCGGUUCGUUGGUUUGUGGGAAAAUUGUUGAGAUUUUCUUUAGCUCGUUAGUAUUUCUUUCCUCGCCACGAUCUCAAUCUGUAUCAAUCUUCCACGUCGUAGCUUUAUUUAUAACAACAACAGAAUUGAAUGGUCUUAGUCUUAGAAAUAAGUCGUCCUAGGUUCAUCUUAUUAUAACAGCAACAUUAAUUAUGCCUGUCGCCCCUCGAUGUCCUCACAGCGAUGAAUGCGAAGAUGGCAAGUAUGUGCCAACCUCUUGCACAUCGACAUCGACUACAGCAUGAUUUUUUUUGAAACCUUUAUGUUGAAAAAAAUGUAGCCGUCCACGUCGUCCCUGUCGCGGUGGAGGACGCGCAAUUGUGCACUCGUGGUUAAGGCUCAGACUUCAGAGUUGCUCAUACGUUAAGGACUCUGACAUCAAAGGGAGGGCACUUUGAAAGAACCAACAGGGGGAGAUGUGUGUUGAUCUCUUCCUAUCAGAAUCACCAGCGACCAAGGACUGCUGGUCUCUAAUUAUAACGGGACCCCUGGCUGUUGAAUGCAUUCGCAUUGCCCGCUGCAGGGAAAACUGUCGACUUCACUCGCACUGCUGUUGAUUGCGCCUCUAAGAAUGAUACUAUGGUGCAGGGAAAACUCAAACUGGUGUAGUCCUAGUCGAAGAAGACUAUGACGAAGUAGAACAAGCAGUCGAGUCUGGCGUAUGAAAAGACGAGGAUUCUCUUCUUUCUGCUUGUGCUAACUCUCCAGCCGAGCACGAACUAUGCAGACUGCGAGGUUUUAAUUUCUGUACUACAUGUCCAACUUCAGCCCAGCACGAACUAUGCACAUGCAAGAUCUUCAUGUAACAAGGAGGAUGUAAGUGCGGUGGAGUUCGUGGACCACACACCUUCUUGAUCGAGCAGCUUCUUCGCUCUUUAGUUUUAAUCGUCGAUCCUGCCAAUACUUCUAAGCACUUUUAAUAUCGUCCAUAAUUAUCUUCACAGCGUAGUUGUUCGAGUUCUUCCAUGUACUAGUAGUUCACCUUCACGUAGUACGCGUUGCAUGUACUAGCUCACCUCCACGUACUAGUACGCGUUCCAGGUACUAGCUCGAGGUCCAUGUACUCUUCAUCCUUUGGUGGAUCUGGCGUCCAGCUUAGAGGCUUUCUUACAGAUAGAGCAGUUUCGUAGAAGCACUUGAUUUCCAACAUCCCGAAGACUCUACAACUAAGAAGUAGCGCUUCUAAGAAGUUGUAGGGGAGGGAAAGUUCUUGAACAGCCAUGCACUAGUAAGAGAGUGGGUAAUUUUCUAGGAGACAUCUCAAACGUGGCGCCUUCACCUAGUACUAGAUACAUUGAAGACACCUUCACACUUCCUAGUACUUUUAUCUAGUAGUACUGACAUGACAUUAACACCUUCACCUAAUACUUUCAUCUAGUACUGACAUUACAUUGACAACUAGUGCACCUUCAUCUAUCAUCUAGUACUUUCAUCCAGCUUAUAUUUAUUACACAUUCACAAAUAGAAGUGCUGGACAAGUACUGUUGUAACAACAUCAAAGUAAAAGUGCUAGAGUGGCCGUGGUGGACAUCAAAGCCUCGUGGACAGCAAGAAGUCGAGACAGGGCUGCAUCGAAAUUUAAGAUGGCUUCUAUCGUCUAACAAACACAACAUUAUAUAUAUAUAAGAUGACUUAACAUUAAGAUGACUUAACAUUAAGAUUAAGAUGACUGAUUAUUCAGCAACAACGCACUCGAACUUCUGCUUCUCGUACAUUGAGUUUCGUGAAACUUUUUCUUGACUUAAGAUGACUUGCCAACUUGCCGGCACAUGGGUUGAUUGAGGCUCUUUCUAAAGGUGCUCAGGAAGAUGUUGGUGGACGAUCGAGGAUGGCUUUAUUUGGGACCGAUAUUAUUAGGGCUGGUGUACUUGGGACAGCAGGACUGCCUCUUGUUGCAAUUGCAUGUUUUUGAAUUAUAACGCUUAACAGAUUGACAUUGACCUCUAUUUUUCACUGAUUAUUCAACUAGAAGGUCGGUAGCUGUCUUGCCUGUGAUGUCAUUGGUUUGAAAUCCUGUAACUAUACUUCAGAGCUUCUUAAUCGUACUGGUAUUGACCAGACUGCCCCUGAUAGAUCCUGAUGCUGAUCAAAGUCAAUGUCUAUCAUCCUCUUUCGCAGAAGCUGCAUUUUCUUGCUUUUCUAAUAUAGUAGAGACAGUUUUCAAGGGGAAAGAGGUCAUCUUCUCUUUUCGUUUUCAAGGGUAGUGCGACGUGGUCGCAGGAUGGACUUCGUGACUCUCUAAUAUUAGCAAUACAGCUGUGUUUUUUCGCAGCCGCCUUUCGCGCAAGAACUAUAAGAUUUCAACAACUAGUUCUUUGCGGGAGUGGCUUCUACUGGUCAUUGUUUUGAGGCUACCGCUGAAGCAUCCUCAGCGCCAUCCCUGGCCUUUUUUCUACUUGAAAAAGAAGCCAAGGAUGCUCUGAGGGAUGCGAACGCGGUAGCUCUAAUCGUUGGUUUACUAUGUCCAGUACUUUCCAGCAGGCACAAAGACCCUCUUCUGCUUAAGUUAAGACUCAUUCAUCUCACAGUAGAAGAUCAUAGUAGUUCAUCUUAAGAUGAAGCAUCUUCUUCUUUGGUCCUCUUUUCUCUGGAAGUAUAUUAAAAAUCAAGGACAGGGACAACAUGGGAGCUGCACUUCUUCUAAAUCGGCAGAGAAAACACGCCACAGCAAGAUGCUUUCAAGAUGAGUAUAAAAGUGAGCUCUAAUUUCUGCGGCGAGACCUUGAACCCCCUUUUCAAUGCUGCAGCUCGUUCUGCUAUAGAAGAAGAGAGAGGUCUAUCUGAAUCUCUAUAUUUAUAAGAGCAAUUCGAUGAUAAUCGAGAUUGAAGAUGCUUGCGUUGGUCCCUCGUCACGCUGCAUUUAAAUAUUCCGUAGAGAUAACUGAUCGCUCGCCAAACUGCAUUCACAUACUCUGUAGAGAUAGUCGACCCCUCUCGUCGAAGAUGUAAGUUGUAGAUAUAACUACAGACAUGAUGCUGCUACAUAGCAAUGAAUCAAUCGAGGCGUGCCACCUGCUGCAGAGGGUGGAUGGAUCAUUGGAGGCGCUGCGCGCCGCACCUCUCUAAUCUGCGACGUGACGGCUAGUAGCUGCAGUUAUUGCCUUCAUCACCGGAUCAGCUUCCUGCCAGAGUACCUUAAUUUCCCUUAAUAUGAGAUCCAUUCUCCUCGAGAAUACUCGCUUCUUUCAGUUUAUCGAAUAAGUUAACUCUUUUUUUGUCUAAGGUCUACCUCUACCUGAUUAAUAGACUGCUGAUUACGAAUUAAUAUAGCCAGUGUCCGUAAUAUGGGGUACCUAAAAGCCAUUGACAUUUGUGCGCUUUCACUUCUCAUGGGAAAAGCCAGGCACUGGCAGAAUCUUCUGAAGUUUACGACGAGUUCACAUAAGACUUUUUUUGAGCGAGCCAGCUAUCCUAUCUGUUACUUCCAUGCUACUUCAAGCCUGAAAGAAGUGCUUCUUCAGGAAAUCAAUCUCGAUCAGUGUAGGAGCUAUACUCAAAAAUUUUUGGAUAUUUGAGUUUGAAAGUUGAGUUUGCGACUCUUUGAGUGCAGUUCUGGACUUCUGAUAGCAGAAGCCUGGGAUUAGUUGUGGGGUACUGGUAUAUUAAUCUAAGUACUUAUUUAUCAAUAUUUUGAUCUUAUAUAUCUGACUACCUUAGACCUGCACCAAUGUUCAAACUUUAGACUUCCAAAUUCCAAAUUUUCAAGGACUACGCUGUCGUUGCCAUUCCUUGAAAUCCACCAACUUACACCUAUGAUAAUUCUUUUUAGACCAAGUAGUGUACGUAGCACUAGUAUCUAUAAGUAUUUUCACUACGAGGAUUGAUAUUUUCAAGAACUAUUCCUCAUUUCAAUGAAUUGGAGGUGCAUGGAGAUGUUGACCACAAGGACUGUCAACAUGCAAAUCGUGUUACAACUGAGGGAAAGAAGCAAAUUAUAGUCAUAUGUGGAAAAGAAAAAGAUAGCUAGUGCUUGAAAUUAUCCGUAGCACCGGCGUGGGGCAGAUAAGCGUAAAGUCCUACGCGAGACAAAAAAUGAGUCCCCUUCUCCAGUGGGUACAACAAUCACGCAGUUAAUAAUCUUCCGACAUAUAUUUACAUGCCCAGAAAGCGGGCCCAUCAAGGGCCCGCUGCGCUGGGCAUAGGUUAACAACUAGACAGGUUGACCACUAAGAGACAGAAAGACAAACGAAAAAAGUCGCCAAGUCUGCUCGCCAAGGCUGGGAAGCUGGCCNGCCAAGACCUCAUCAAGAAAUGGUGGGAGAUAUCUUCAAUCUCAGAUUCGCCCUCUCCUGUCGCUAGCAAGUUGAAGCUUCAGAGGAAUCCAUCUAGAUCAGGCUUCUUCAGGAUGACAUCAUCAGGUCUAGGGGAGGCCUGCGGUUCCUGUUCUCCAAUAGCUAUAAUAAUAAUCAUUCGUAGUUGCUUAUACUGCUGUUCGAUCUCGUCUAAUAUGCAGUUGCGCUACAGGAAUCGGGAGCUUUGCCUUGCUCUUUCGGACCUAUCAGGACGUGAAGGACCCGUGUCUCAUCAAUUUCAUCAUGUACUUACCUUUUCAUUUCCGUACUAUACUCAAUGAAUGUAAUGAUCCGUUCGUUGUUCCUGCUUCAAGCUGAUGAACAGGCAGGAGUUAUCAACUGGGAGUCAAACAUGAUCUUUCAAAAACAGGAUCCUGCUUCAAGCUGAUGAACAGGCACGCUAGUAGAACUAGUUGAUGCACUUACUUCUUUUUUCUCGCUUUUGAUGAAUGAUUGAACCACCUUACUUUCACCCUUCCUGAAGUAUGCCACCGCUGUAAUGAUUCAAUACAAAUACUAAAAAAGAAGAUAAUUGGUCGUGUCUUUUUUUUCAACAAGUGGUUGUGACCGAGUUUCCCCUGGUUGGAUAUCACAAUAGUUGUUUUGAUUUUUGCGUUUGUCUCAAGAAGACGAAAAUCUACCUCGUCUCACUUAUUAUUUGAAAAUUACUGUUCCUAUUAUUGAUGUUCUAAGGCGGCCAAAGAUGAGAGUCAUAAUUAUAUAUUUAUUUAUAAUACUGUUCCUAUUAUUGAUGUUCUAAGGCGGCCAAAGAUGAGAGUCAUAAUUAUAUAUUUAUUUAAUAUUCACCUCAUAAAUAUUUUUACUCCUCGUAACAUAUAUCAUAAACAUGUGCAUUCUUUCAUCAUGUUCGAUCAAUGUUAUCAAUUCAAGUAGAUCAUGUUUAAUCAAAAUCGCCUGAUUUGUACUACCAAAGUCCUUCGUCUACAACAGUGCAGCUUGUACUUCGUCUCAUAAUAUAUCUACAACAGGUACAUAAUAAAUUGGGGACUCGCGCGCGCCAUGUGCCUGCAUUUCUACACCUUGUACUAUGAUAAACGACUGGUAAAAAAGCGGGAAUAGCUGGAUCCGCGGUAGCAGGAGGGGUCCACGAGUGGUAGGACGAGCCACGAGUAGGAGGAGGAGAUGAGGGGACCAAGGAUCGCUUACCCCUCGAAUGGGAAUCGGUAAACUACUACUAGUACUACUUUCCAGUAGUACGUAGUAGAAUCAUCCCCGUGACUGAUACCUCAUGUGACUGAUGCCCCAUGUCAUGUGACUGAUGGUGCUCCAAUUUCUUGGUAACCUUACAACUAGAUGGCCAUCAAGAGUUUGCUUGUCAUACAACUACGACGCAACCUUCGCUACACAAUGACGACGCAACCCUUGCUACACAAUGACCAUGCAACCCUUGCUGUUACACAACGUCAUAUUUGAGCCUUUUUCACAUCCUCAACAGUCGCUUUGCAUCGCGGUGAUCUACCCAGGAUAUUCUUGUGUCCUCGCGGUGCUCUUCUAAGUAACAACGAUGUUCUAAGCAAAUCAUUCCGCACUAGAGGAC